GGAUAAAUCGUCACUUACAAUUAUGCAGGAUGUAUCGGGAUCUGAACAUCAUGGCAAUCAAAAUCACAAAGUGCCAAAACGAUGGAAUUUGACGAGAAUUCCAGUCACUACAAAAUUCUUGGUAUUGUACAUGUAAAAUAUAUUGGAAUUUUCUGUGGCCUUAUAGGUUUGAUAGCGACAGUGAUUGCAUUUAGCGUUGGAGUAUCAUUUUUCCCAUGGGCACAGUACGAUACAUCCUUUGAUGCCAUCGCCCUGCUCGGUUUCAUAAUUUUCUUGAUAUCUGGAAUCAUCGUACACUAUAUGCUUAUCCAUGCAGUACGCUAUGUUAAGUUCCGGCUGGUACUGCCUUUUUUGAUCUAUCAUGCCUUUCUGAUUUCUUUGAAUGCUAUCACCGGCUUGAUUGCUGUUGGAGAACUGGUGGCUGAUCAGACCCCUCAAUUAGAUAUCGGAGACAUCACUGCUAGAGGAGUGCUAUUGGUGGUGCCAGUAGUAAGCUGCAUACAAGUACUGAUGCUCGUAGCCGUCGCUAAAGUACGAGUUUACCUGAGAGACAAACGACGUCAUAUACGGAAUGGGCUUCCACCUCCAAUUCGAGAAGUUGUUCUGCCUGGAAAUGUCCCUUUUACGCACACUCAUAACAAAGUUUAUGUGGAAUCCUCGCCAAGCGUACAGCGAGCAUGCUCGUCGCAGGACAUAACGAAUAGCAAGGAAAAAUCAUAAUUAUAUCGCUAAGUGUCGAAUGUCUGACAUGUAAUCAUGCAUCCAGUGUUUCUUCACUGUUUCAAUCGCCACAGGCGUAUAGACCGGAAGCGAAGUCCCGUAGUUGCCCAACCCCGCCUCUCGUGGCGAACCCCUCCCACUGAUAAUAACUUGUGGCAAUGCCGCUCUGCGUAGAACCCACACGAAAGGUUGCUUGUUUGAAGCACGAAUGUAUUUCUGAUAUCGUAUUCGGGUGAAACAAUCCCUGAGUUGAUUGCUGGGCAUUGCGUUAUAUGGAAAUCAUUUUACACAACGGGUAUUGUGUUCUCACAUUUUUUUUCACUUUGUUUUGCCAAAACAAAGAAUGCUCUCAUGACCGUCUCUGUAUU